AUGUCGGCGCCAGAUCAAAAGCGCCAACGGCGCUCUGGACCACAGAAAAUACCAGAAAAUAAACCAGGCGAAGAUGGCCAAAUAAAGCUACCAAGCAAGAAGCUCUAUCGCCAACGCGCGCAUGCGAAUCCCUUCUCGGACCAUCAGUUGACAUAUCCUAUUAGCCCAGAUCAUAUGGACUGGUCUGCAAUGUUUCCCGCCUACGUCAACCCAGAUUCGACCGUGGUUAACCUUUCAGGGGCAAGGAAGUUGGUAAAGGAAGUUGAGAUAGCUGAUAUUGGGUGCGGGUUUGGAGGGCUACUGGUUGCGCUGGCGCCGUUGAUGCCUGAUACAUUGAUGGUUGGCAUGGAAAUCCGCGCUCAAGUUCUGGAAUAUGUGACGGAACGUAUUAAAGCGCUGCGAUCUCGACUACCGCCUCCAGCAAUACCUCAAGAACCAUCUCAGAAGACCCGCACAGAAGCUUCCUCAAUACAAGACGCGCCAGAGAUACCACCCACCUCUUCUUUAUCAAAUCUACCUGGACAGCCGAACUUCCAAAACAUAUCCGCCAUUCGCUCAAAUACGAUGAAAUUCCUACCAAACUUCUUUUCACACCACCAGCUCUCUAAGAUAUUUAUAUGUUUCCCAGACCCGCAUUUCAAGGCACGGAAACACAAGGCACGCAUUGUCUCAACUACAUUGAACGCCGAAUAUGCAUAUGUAUUACGGCCAGGCGGAAUGCUGUAUACUAUUACCGACGUGGAGGAUUUGCAUUUGUGGAUGGUUUCGCAUUUUGACAGUAAAGGUUCAGACAAUGAUCUUAACUCACAUGAUGUUGCUGAGUUAUGGGAGCGGGUGGGUGAUGAGGAGCUUGCUACGGAUGAAUGUGUUCGAGUCAUGAGAGAUGAGACAGAGGAAGGGAAAAAGGUUACGAGAAAUAAUGGACAGAAAUUCGUGGCUGUCUGGAGAAGGAAGGAUGAUCCGGAAUGGUCAUGUUAA